ACGUUAGGUCUGACAACCCGCGAUAAAACGAUAGGAUAAAACCAAAAGAAGAACAGGAAACGAUCUGGUCAAACUGGUCUGCUUUGUGCUAAAUUCGGCAGGCGAUUAAGUUAAAUCAGUCGUUACAUGCAGUUUACCACGUUCUUUUUACACAUCUGCUGACUAGUUAAUUUAGCAACAGUAACAUGAGCGACAACGAGAAAGAUUUUAGGGAGCAGGACUCGCGGCCUGGCUCGAGGAGUGCAUCCCCUCAGGGCUCGGCAAAAUCCACCAGCCGCUCACCAGCACACUCAAAAGAUGGCUCCCGCCGCUCCAGGUCCAGAUCCCGGUCUCGAUCCAAAUCCAAAUCCAGGUCCCGUUCCCAUCGCAGCUCACGCAGGCACUACUCCCGCUCUCGUUCCCGCUCCCACCGACGCCGCUCUAGGAGCCGAUCUCGUAGCUGGGAGUACCGCCGGCAUAGGAGCCAUAGCCGUUCCCCCAUGUCAAAUCGUCGCAGACACAUUGGCAACAGGGCCAAUCCAGACCCCAACAACUGUCUGGGUGUGUUUGGACUGAGUCUGUACACCACUGAGAGGGAUCUGAGGGAGGUUUUCUCCAAAUACGGUCCUUUGAGUGCCGUCAACAUUGUGUAUGACCAGCAGUCGCGUCGCUCAAGAGGCUUUGCCUUUGUCUACUUUGAAACCUCUGAGGACUCCAAGGAGGCCAAAGAGCGUGCUAACGGGAUGGAGCUUGAUGGGCGCAGGAUCCGGGUGGAUUUCUCCAUCACAAAACGAGCCCAUACACCCACUCCUGGAAUCUACAUGGGACGUCCCACUUAUGGUGGUGGUGGUGGUGGUGGUGGUGGGGCGGGCGGCAGUAGUAGCAGCAGUGGUGGUUCAUCGCGGCGUGCCUCGAGGGACUGCGACAGGGGCUACGACAGAGGUUAUGACCGAGGUUAUGAUCGCGACUACGAUCGCUAUGAAGACCGAGAUUACAAAUCAUGCAGGCGCAGAUCUCCAUCUCCUUACUAUAGCAGAGGGUACCGCUCAAGAUCCCGAUCUCGCUCCUACUCGCCACGUCACUACUGAGCAGUGAGUGAAGAGUUGCCAACCGUUUCAGUUUUAUUGUUCAGAUUUGUUUUGUUUUUUUUUGAUCAGAUUAUCUAUGGAAUAUGUAUUCUAGAUUUGUUUAAUGUAUUGAAGGUUUAAGAAAUGGUCCUAAAGAUGCAGUCUGUCUGAGCACCACAAUGUCAGUGGUGACCUGUUUUUAUGUAGGCAGAAUCUUCUGUGGCUGUUAUAUUAUAAUUUCUCCUUUUGCUCUCUGUAGGUGGUUUAUUAAUAUUAAACUCAAGAUCCCACUUUAAACAUUUUGUUUUAAAUACCAUGUUUCUUAUUAGUGUUGUGUUUUUCUGGCAUUAAGUACUUUUUGGGGGUGUUGUACAUAAACCGUAUCAUAUUACUUGGGUCAUUUGCUCUGUUGUUAAGUAACCGUGUGUAGUGCACUGUAAUGGCCUAACUGCCCAGUGGUUUUAGAGGCAGGAAUAUUGCCGGUAUUUGUACCAGUAAGUCCCAUGAAACAUUUUGAAUUAAUUGGUGUUUUUUACUUGACACAAAUAAAUAUUCCUGCUUGGGCUUCAUGCAUGCACCCUUAUUUGACAUCCGUGAUCUUCCAUAAUGAAGCCCAGGUUGUGUCACAGUUUGAAUGAGUUUUUGUUUAAAGUUAACUGUAUUGAGCAUUUUUAAAUCCAAUGAAAUGUAUUCUGUUUAUCCUGUAACAAUUCUGUUACGUACUAGUAAAUAAAAUAUUUUGGAAAUAGAAAUCCCUGCAUAAAUCAGGCUGCCCAUGGGCUGUCUGUAAUGCUGUGUUAACGUCCCAUAGGACAGCUUGCUUUCACCCAACAGCGACGUGGGAGUGUUACGUUUUGACUGCAGUUUGACAGUUUUUGUGCUAAGAUAGGAGUUUUGUUUUAGUAACCACCAGACUUUUGUUAUAACAUGAAAAGUAAAUGCUGUGUAAUUAAAUGCAAAUAUAAAAUAUAA